AUGAGGUCCUAUGAUGGCGAGAGUAGCUCGACGGAGGACGACGAUCGCAGGGAGGGCCUACCAGAGGCGCAUCUGCAGCAAGGAUCCUGGCAACGUACCGCGUCACAUCCUACCUGGGCCUGGGAGCAUCGAAAUGCCCAUCCACUGCCUCCACAAUCCGCGGCAGCUCUCGAGUCCGUGUAUUCGACACCAGGGGCCUCGCACUCGGGUGUGUCAGGUCCCCCAGCAGCGUACUCAUCAGAGCACACUCAAAGCGCACCAGGACGAAGAACUCCGCUGGGUACCGUAGGUCUCGGUGGCUUUUAUUUUCAGCAGCAGCCGCAACCCCACGCCUCGUCGAGCGCGUUAUCUGAUGAAAAUCGGCCAGAUGAAAGACCUUCAGGUUCUCGACUAAACUGCCCUCCGAAGUCAAAGACGACUCGUCAGGGGAAAAGCGUAAGGUUGAACAUUAACGCACGAGAGCGCAGGAGAAUGCACGAUUUGAAUGACGCACUGGACGAGCUUCGCUCCGUCAUCCCUUAUGCUCACAGCCCUUCGGUAAGGAAGCUGUCCAAGAUAGCCACCCUCCUGCUGGCGAAAAAUUACAUCCUUAUGCAAGGAAACGCCUUGGAGGAGCUCCGAAGAGUAAUCGCCGUCCUGCAAUCACCGCACGCGCACACCACCGCCUUGCCACCUACGCCGGUCUCCUACGAUCUCCUGCAGGGAUUUCCCGGCAAGUUGUUCCAAGGGGUGCAAGAGAUGCAGGGACUACCCGCGAGCGAACCUCAGAUCGUGACCGGCCCUCCGACUGACGGCACGGUAGCCAGCGGAGAAUCGAACUAA